GUAAACCAGCUGGGCUCUCUUCCGAAAAAGCACAGACCUCACUUUUUUUUCCUCCCGUGCAGCAGUGUUUUCUUGGUCAUAUCUGAAGCUGUGUUGGAUGAAAUGCCCGUUACUUUAUACACUCCCGUCCUUUAAAGUAGGGUCAGCGCCUAGGCUGUUACGCUGACUCUCACGUACCGCGCGCUACUUCUGACUUUUAGCAAAAAUGAGCUUGCUCUUCAGUAGUGAAAGGGUUUUCCCAAUAAAAAACCAGAAAAAAUGUUCGAUAUUAAGGCUUGGGCCGAAUACAUCGUGGAGUGGGCUGCAAAGGACCCAUACGGCUUUCUCACUACAGUGAUCUUGGCCCUUACACCGUUGUUCGUAAUUAGCGCAGCGCUUUCGUGGAAGCUUGCAAAAAUGAUUGAGGCCAGGGAGCGAGAGCAAAAGAAGAAACAGAAACGCCAAGAGAAUAUUGCAAAAGCCAAACGAACAAAGAAGGAUUAA